GUCUUCUGUGUUGCUCCCCUGUGUUUAUUUAUAAAUCGCAAUUCACCUUGAGAAAUCGCCGUUCGCAAAUUCAAUGGCAGCAGAAUGUGGCCCUGCUGAACUCAUCUGGACCGAAUUUCCUGUUCUACUGACUUGAAAAGUUUACGAGACUUGAUUCUGCAGACGAUUGAUUGCUAUUAACCGUGUCAGCAUUUUGCAUACGAAAUGAGUAGUCACCACCGUCUGGGGCCAAACUCGCCGAAUGGAGAGGUGGAGCACAUCCAUGCUCUGUCCUCCAACAUCGGCGCCCUGUUCCUCAACGACGAGUACAGCGAUGUCAUUCUCAAUUUGAACGGACAGAAAUUUCAUGCCCACAAAGUCAUUCUUGCUGCUCGGAGUGAAUAUUUUCGUGCCCUUCUCUACGGAGGAAUGAAAGAGUCCCAGCAGGCAGAAAUAGAGCUUAAGUAUUCAUCAUCUGAGGCAUUCAAGGCCCUGCUGCGCUACAUUUACACCGGACAUAUGUCCUUGUCGGCGAUGAAGGAGGAAAAUGUGCUAGACGUGCUUGGUUUGGCACAUACUUACGGCUUUGUAGAACUUGAGGAGUCUCUUUCUGACUACCUCAAACAAAUUUUGAAUGUUCGGAACGCUUCUCUCAUCUUUGACGCUGCAAGACUCUAUCAGAUGAUGACCUUGUCCAACAUUUGCUUCUCCUUCAUGGAUCGUCAAGCCGCAGAGAUUUUGCAGCAAGACGGCUUCCUUCAGCUCUCUUUGAGUUCCUUAAAGGAAUUAGUUUCUCGAGACUCAUUCUGUGCCCCUGAAGUCCAAAUAUUUGAGGCCCUUGGUCGGUGGGUACAGAACAACCCAGAGGAAGAUGGAAAGAGUGCCCUAGCCCUUGUGCGGCUUCCUCUGAUGGAGCUGACAGACCUGCUCACCAAAGUCCGACCAACUGGUCUCAUAGACCCGGACGCUAUUUUGGAUGCCAUCCAGAAUCGUACAGCUAUCAAGAAUACUGAGCUACAGUAUCGGGGAUUCAUGAUGCCCAACGAAAAUGUUGCUCAUGUGAGGCACGGAACGCAAGUUCUUCAGGGAGAGAUGAGGUCGGCACUUCUGGACGGUGACACGACUAACUAUGACAUGGAGAGAGGAUACACUAGGCAUGCCAUAACCGCUGGCGGUGGAGAUCAUGGGAUUCUGAUCAAGUUGGGAAUGCCAUGUAUCAUCAACCACAUGAAAAUGUUGCUCUGGGACAAGGAUGUUAGAUCUUAUUGUUACUACAUUGAAGUGUCGAUGGACCAGAGUGACUGGGUAAAGGUCAUUGACCACACUCACUUCUACUGCCGCUCUUGGCAGCACCUGUACUUUGAGCCAAGAGUUGUCCAAUACAUCAGAAUUGUCGGCACCCAUAACACUGUGAACAAAGUUUUCCAUGUUGUUGCUUUUGAAGCGGUCUAUGUCAGCAAAAUAUUUACUGUUGAGAAAAACAUGAUUGUUCCUACCGAGAAUGUUGCUGUUCAGUCGCUCAGUGCGUCUGUGAUUGAAGGAGUGAGUCGAAGUCGAAAUGCGCUUCUGAAUGGAGAUACUAAAACCUACGACUGGGAUUCUGGCUACACCUGCCACCAGCUGGGCAGUGGGGCCAUUGUUGUUCAGCUUGGUCAGCCAUACAUGCUUGACUCAAUCAGAUUUUUGCUAUGGGACUGUGACAUGAGAGCUUACAGUUAUUAUGUAGAGGUGUCUGUCAACAACACAGACUGGUCGAUGAUUGCCGACAAGACCAGAGAGCCUUGCAGAUCAUGGCAGCUUCUCCGUUUUGAGAAGAGACCAGUGGUUUUUAUUAAAAUUGUCGGUGUGCACAACACUGCCAAUGAGGUUUUCCAUGUUGUGCAUUUUGAGUGCCCUGCUCAACUUGUAGCUGAGGUGGAGGACACUGUGGGGAAUGAUGCUAUCGCCAAAGGUGUGGUCGCUGCAACCGAUGCCAGCAUUAGCAGUGAUGAGAGUGAUGCGGAAGAGGCAAAAGACGUUUACCACUCUACUGAAUAAAAGACUUAACAAGUGAGGGCACUGAGGGUAUGUUACAAGAAAUACAAGAGAGACCUCGGUUACGGAAAAAAGUCAUUACCUAGUCUGCCAUAUAACCAGAUAUAAGAUAUUAAUUACUUUGACUAAAAUGAGUCUCGUUCCAAGCACUUUUGUAAAACGUAAAACAAUUGUAGCAGUUGUAUGAAAUUCAUUAUCUUUAUAAUGUUUCAAGCCAUUUUUGGAGCUUCAUGUUAAGUUGAACAUACAAAGACUUGCCAUAUUAAUAAUAGUUAUAACUCUUUAA